AUUACUGAAAAUUGUCAAAAAUUUAAGGUGAACUUGUCAAAAAUUGCUUGAAACAUCAUUUAAAGUCGAUGAAGUGUCUCAAAAUUGGAAUAAAAAGUUCGGAAAAUAAAAAAGAGAUUGACGAGCAAAAAAAACUGAUUCGCGAAAGUGAUUCAUUGGCUCAUAAUUUUCACGAAUCACUUCUGAAAAAAAUGUUUUGAAUCAUUCCCAAACCCUACUGCAAGCUCUGAAAAAGUUUUGCAUUUUACAAAAUGAUUUUGGAAAUUUUGACGCAAAAAUUCUGUAUUUUUAGUAAAAAUUUUAUUGAAGUGUCAUGUUUUUCCUCCCAUUGUUUUUUAGAGCAAAAAAAAAAGAUCAAGUUUCAUUUUGCUUCAAGCUGAAGAUGGCAGACAUUGAUUUGGUGGCCACCAAUUUCAAGAAUGAGAUGAGGAGAGAAGGAAGUAAAUAUGAGAAAAACUGCUCUGCAUAGAGAUCCCAAUUUUCUGAGUUUUGAUGUAUUUUCCUAUGGAGAGGAAUCAAAUCCUCCCCUAUCUUUUUCCUUUGUCUCUUAAUCCUGGGAAAAAGUGUUCAGGAAAAUUUCCUGAAAAAUGUUGAUACAGAAUUUUUCCAUUUCAGGAAACCGAGUGAUUGCACUCUCAGAUGUCCCAUCAAGAGAACAAAUUAGCAAAGAUACUAUGCUUGUUGAUCCCCUAUCAAUUUUUCGGACCAUAAUUUCGUCGAAAAAACAUGGAAAGGAUUUGAAAAAUUACUUCAGCUAUGAAUUAUCUCCAAUUCCAUUACCAUUAUUUUCACUAACAGGGAUGAGAAAAACGUCAAAAUCGAACUUAUUCAAGUUCUUCCCAGCUCUAACCAAAGUACCAAAUCUUGAAAAUGCGACCUACGUCAUCGAUGGUGGAUUUCUGCUACAUCGUGUACUUUGGAUUGGAAACUCAACAUAUGGCGAGUUGUGUGAUAAAUACGUAGAAUAUGUUCAAACUUUUGGAUCAGAUGUUAUGGUUGUCUUUGAUGGUUACGAGGAUACAAAAAAUAGCACCAAAAAUGCGGAACAUCUUCGUCGUCUCAAAAGAAAAGGAUCGAGUCCUGACUUGAUAAUUGACCAAGAUCUAAUUUGCACAAUCCCACAGGAAAAUUUUUUGACCAAUACGAAUAACAAAGUUAAUUUUAUUCGAUCGCUGUGUUCUCGUUUUCAAGAGAAGGGAAUCGAUUGGAUAUCUGCUAAAAAUGAUGCUGAUAAAUUGAUCGUCAAUACUGCCAUUCAAAAAUCACGUGAUGGUGAAAACGCGGUGAUAGUUGGAGAAGAUACUGAUCUAUUAUUACUAGCCGUUGUAUUAUCCGAAUAUCCCCUUUUAAUGAUGAAACCUGCUCAACCGAAUACCGUCGAUAAAUAUUUUUCAGUCUUGAAAAUCAAGAAAAAAGUUCCUAGUGGCCUUUUGUUUCUUCAUUUAUUUACUGGUAGUGAUACCACGAACGCUUUCUAUGGUAAAGAUAAAGUUACGGCGAUUAGUAUUCUGAUCAAGAAAUCAUACUUGAGCCACGAAAUGGAUAAAUUUUAUGACCCAAAUGCUGAUCCGAAUGCCAUCGUUCAAGCCGGAGAAAUUAUCGCUGCGGCACUUUAUGGUGCUAAUAAAGAAAGAAAUUUAAACGAGUACCGUUAUAAAUGUUUUGAAAAAUUGUCAAAAAAUAAGCGAGAGUUUGAUCUAUCACAACUUCCACCUACGAAAGCUGCUUUAGAGCAGCAUAGUAAACGAGUUUACUACGAGCUGCAAAAUGUAAUCGGGAAUACUCUAGAUCCAGUAAAAUUUGGCUGGCAUUGCCUGUUCUAACAACCAUUCCUCCUGCUCCCGAAGACAUACUUAAUACAGUGUUUCCUGCGUGUAAUAAAAGGAGAAAAUGUGGUGAAUUGUGCGGAUGUAGAAAAAUCGGGCUGUAUUGCAAUUUUACUUGUUCUGAUUGGAAGAUUGGAGACUGAAGGAUUGACCAUGACGACAAGGAUGAAGAUUACAAUAACGAUGAUGAAGAAAAAUGUCAACUGGACAUAUAUUGUACAACUCCAAAAAAUUGUGUAGUUAGGAAAAAGUUGAGCAGUUCCAAAAAGUUAAGGUUUUUGAUAUUGAUGAAAAACUACAAUUAAUAAUUUUAUUCGAUUGUAUGUUCGUAUAUUUUCUUAUACUAUUGGUGUUUUACAAGUUCACCAUUUUUGAGCCGAUUUCCGGGUGGUCACUUCCAGUGUGUUUUUUUUUGGACCAGCAUAUUUUAUGAGAAAAAAAAAUUCGAAAAAUCAGAAAAAAUCGUGCUUGAGGAGUCCACCUGAAAAUUAGCUCGAAGGUGGAUAAUCUCAUUGAGCAGGUUAAACAAUUUGUGAAUAUUUUUAACAAGUUCAGAUAUUUCCAAUUUCGCUGGAAAAUAUGUCCAGUCAAAUGUGCCAAACAGGAUUGUGAAUUUCUCAAAAAUUGUAUCAUGAACCUUAAAAUUACUCGUGGAUGAUGAUUGAAUGAAGCAGGGGCAAUGGAUACCAAAAAAAAAAGAAAAAACACGAAAAACUAAAAAUUACGUUGAAAGUAAAAUUUUAGGGGAAAAAACUGAAAAUGAAAACUGAAGAACAAGAAAAAUGUAUCUGAAAAAAGCUAGAAAGAAAAACUAAAAAACAAAAACCUAUACUUACAUGAAAAAAGCAUAAUUUAAAUUCGAAUUUCGUACCAGCUGGCUGUGAAAAUCGAAAAUUGACGCGUAAACGAGAUUUUAAGAAAAUCAAUAGGCCCUCGCUAAAUCUUUCGUUGAAGCCUUGCGUCAAAGUCUUCGCCAGAGCCAACUCCAAAGCCUAUAAAAAUUCGCCAAAAAUCAUAAAAUCAACUUCACAACCUAAAAUUUAAAGGAAGAUUGGGAUUUUUCGAUGUCCUCGUUUGAACUAUCCAAAUUUCGUUUCGUUUCAAUCAGAAAUUCUAGAAUCAAGAAGUUCCCUUGUUCAGAAAAACAUGCAAAGAUUUCUUCACUUUUUGUACUAAUUUUUUUUUAGAAAUUUUUGCUUUUGCUUCCUUUGAGUGCCAUCUUCAAUUUUCUGAAGAAUAAUUUUAAAACAUGAGAAGUUUUUUUCAAAAAAAAACAUCUCAAGGUGUAAUUAUUGCUAUUGAAGUUGAUGAAAAAGUAUCAUAUCCCUUAAUCUUGAA